AUGAAGCUUUUAUUCGUGUGUCUUAUUGCAACCUUGCGGCGAUCCCAAGCCCAUUUGAACCAUGCCGUGUACGCUGCCGACAUUGCACCUAUCUCGGGGAAUUCGGAUUCUGCGACUGUCAACGGAGUUGCCGUUGUCUUCGAAGCUGGCGACGGUGUCACCGUUGGCUACGGAGGCUUUGUUGAUGGCCUUGGAGUGAACCUCGACGCCUCCUGUACUGGCUGUAACAUUGCCAUUCACAGCGAUCCAUGGACGGAAGAGCGUUAUGUUACCGACGAGGACGGCUCUGCCCAGUUUUCUAAUGUUAUCGUAGUUGGAACACGCGAUUUGGAAGGCAGGGCCAUGAUUGUCAGUGGCGCGGACGGAACUCGCGUUGGUUGUGGUCUCUUGGAGAUGGUCAACAACACGCGUAUUUUGCACGCUGAUACGCUGGGUAUGGGAGAUGGAACGGCAAUGGGUGUCGAGAGCGAGUCCAAGGUGAUUCUUUUUCCUAACCGGGACGAUCAGGUUUGCGUUGGCGGCAAUAUUUGGAACCUCCCUGGUGAUGUCGAGAGCACGGAUUGCAGUUUGACUAAUGGAUGUGGAACAACUAUCUACAGUGGAGCCGAUUGCUCGAAUGCCACGACUCUAGGCGAGCAUUACUUUAACGUUGACGUUGUCGCCACGGAUCCUUGGAUGGAAGCAGGAUACCAAGCGACUGAUUCCAGCGGGAAUGCAUUCUACGUCCAUUGCCUCACCACGGGACACGCAUCCCACGAAGGCCGGGCUCUCGUGGUGCACAGUACCGAAGGAGAGCCCCAAUCCUGCGGUGUUCUCGAAUUUGAAGCCGAAGGCGAGGGAGAUCAUGACGAGGACCAUGGCAGUGGAGGGAAGGAAGAUGGUGCUACGUCUUCGAAUGGUACUUCCAUUUCUCUAAUUUUGACCUUUGUGCUGGUAGGACUAGUCACUAUUCCAGCUACUCUCUGGCGUUGGUAAAGUGGCAUGGUGCCUUAAUUUUGGACAAUUAGGGAUAAAUUAGUUUUGUGC